GUUUUCACAAAAUUCACUCUUCAAAACCAAAAUAACCCCCCAAAGUUUCCAACCAUUACAGCAGCCAGUAUCACCACAGGAUUACACACAAAAAUCCCAAAUGGCAACAAUGUCAGCUUCAAUUUCCAUCUCCCCAAACCCUAACUUCACCUCCUCCCACAAACCCUCUCCUCUCUUCUCACCCCUUCACUCUAUCAAAAUUCAUGCCUUCGCCCAAAAUCCCAUCAAAUCUCUAACUGUCCAGUCCCCGCACGCGCCUUCCCGCACCUCUCUCACCGUCUCACGCGCUGCCUCACCAUCAUCUUCAUCCUCCGGUACUGCAACCUCGUUCCACGGCCUCUGCUACGUCGUGGGCGACAACAUCGACACGGACCAGAUCAUCCCGGCCGAGUACCUCACCCUGGUCCCGUCGAAACCCGCCGAGUACGAGAAGCUUGGCACCUAUGCUCUAUGCGGCCUCCCAGCGUCUUACGAAGCUCGCUUCGUGGAGCCGGAGGAGGCCAAGUCGAAGUACUCCAUCAUCAUCGGCGGCGCCAACUUCGGCUGCGGGUCGUCUCGGGAGCAUGCGCCGGUGGCUCUAGGCGCAGCGGGGACGGCAGCGGUAGUGGCUGAGUCGUAUGCGAGAAUCUUCUUUAGGAACUCUGUGGCCACCGGAGAAGUGUACCCGUUGGAAUCGGAGGUGAGGAUCUGCGAAGAGUGUAGGACUGGGGACGUUAUCACGAUCGAGCUAGCUGAGAGCCGUUUGAUCAAUCACACCACUGGGAAAGAGUACAAAUUGAAGCCCAUUGGGGAUGCUGGGCCUGUUAUCGAGGCUGGUGGCAUUUUCGCCUAUGCCAGAAAGGCCGGCAUGAUUCCUCAACAGGUUGCUGCUUAAAUUUUAUCUUUCUUUCAGUGGCUUUUGGGAUUUUACAGGCUAGAAGUUUUUUGUUUUGGGGAUUGCAUUGUUUAAUAUAUGUUAUGUAUUGUUUUAUACGUGUCUGUUACUCCUUUGGUUUUUGGACUUUAAGUGGCUAAAGUCGUUUGGUUUGAGACUGCAAUUUCGUUUUGGCUUAGGGUUGGCCUGGAAACAAAACGAAAGAAAAAUUGUGAAUAUCAAACACUUACUUUCCAUGGCAAGUUAAGUGCCACUAGGUAGUCUGAAUUCGACUGUUCUUGGUUGUUUGCCUUUAUUAGCUAUGCAAGAGAUGAUUAUUGUUGAUUCACAAAUAAUUUAUGAUUGGAAAAUCAAAUGAAUUAAAUAAAAUGUGUACAUUUUCUA